AUGAAGGAAACCCCAGCUUUUUCCCGAGCACCGCCUCCUGCACGUGUUGCUACAUCUAACACAGGUGUUGCCGCAGCUCCAAACGGGGCUGCACUACCGGCAGAUCCGUUUGUUUCUCUUCUUCGGUCGGUGGAUCGCUGCUCGAAAGGGUUAGAUUUGUCUUGCGCCUGCUGCAAUGGAAGCCCCCAGCAGCUGCCGACAGCACCAGAACGGAGACACAUAUCGGGUUGCUGUUGCCGCAAUGACCAGCAGCAAAUGUUGCGCCAGGAAAUGCAAAGCACGCUAUCGCUCUUCAAGAUGUUGCUGCAGGUUGAUGCCUUAGGGUACAAGCUGCAACACCAGAUUAUGCAGGUGUUCCCCUCACCAGAUGCUGUAGUAGCAACAGAUGCCAGCGCUAUUCAUAGUCUGCGGGAGGACCUGACCGACAAAUCUAUCAUUUCUGAAGGCCAAGCGUUUCUGUUAAUGUUUUCUAAGUAUCGUUCUCUGAGAUGCCUCCUGGCGGUUCGGUUGUGGCUACAACAACAGGAACAGCUGCGGGAUGCAGCAGCUGCUCUUGGCCGCGGGGACUUCGCUCUCAGUGCUGCAGAUUUUCAGCAGCAGCUCUCUACCUGCGGGCGCUCCACAGCACAAAAGACGUUUUAUCACAUGGAUUGGCCCUACGCCCUUCCCACGCAAGACCCUCAGCAGAUCCAGCGUCAAUUAGUAUUAUCGGGAGAAUCAGUUGCUUCAAAAGGCAAAAAUGCUCGUGCUGCUGCUGCUGUAGCGUGCCCCUCCGUUGCUGCUGCUGACCGGAGGGCAACGAGCUGUCUCUUCAUGUCCAUCUGGAGACGGCUUCGAGCGGGCCAAAUAAAAACAGCAGAGGCGCUGGCAGCAGCCAAAGGGGCGUCGUGGCUUGUGCACGUCUUAAGGGGCGGAGAGGCUUGGCUAGAGACGCAUGGCACUGAGGAUUUCUGUCUACCUGGCGCUGGCGGCCUUUUCAACCCUGAGGAAAUCGAGUUCCUAUCCAAUGCCUCGUGGAUACUACGAAGUGCAUUGUGGCCAUGUGGACGUACGGUGAAGGAUCUACUGGAGGAGAGCAGCAGCUGCUGCAGAAAACGGGCUGCUUUAGAUGAAUAUCUUGAGACUGCUUUGGGUAUUGAAACGCAGGACACAGCGGUUACUGACGUCAGCAGCAGCAGUACAGCCUUGUUCACUGGAGCUGACGCAUCUGACCUUGGGAGACAAGGAGAGGGAAAGACUCAGCGCGGGCUGCUAGAGUAUGCGUGCAGCCUUAUCCUCCACAGCAGCACCGAGAAUCUGGGUAGCAGUAGCUUCUGGACAAACACAUCUGAAGGCGGCAUGAGUAGACGCAGCACCAACAGCUCCAACGGCCAAUUUGGCCUAUGCGGAAGUCAUUACUGUAUGAGUCAGGAAGAAGCUGGAGUGUAUGGAUUUAUCUUGGGGGAUCUGGAGACCCUUCUGACUCUUGCAGAGAAUUGGGGAGAUGCGAUGUUUGCUGUUUGUCACGCUAUGCAUGAAGAACUAGCAGGAACUCUAGUGCAGAUGCUGAGGCGACAACAACCCCACGGCCUCUACCGUGGAGAAGUUGCUGCUGUUUCAGCAGCACCCGCUGCAGGAGCUGCUGCCGCAGCUGGAUCACUCUACAAAGCUCAUUCGCUUUUCUCGCACAGAAAGCACUGCGAUAUGUUGCAGCCGAAGCAACAGGAGCAGUGCCCACGAACACUGCAGCAACAGCUCGGCAGCUGUUGGAUAGGGAGCUGUGACGUUUUGCAGCUACUUCCUCGUUUUUCUGCUGCGGUUACCGCAGCAAGAGGCGACCAGGCUGACGCUCUCUUGCACGGCGUCAAGAACGCGAUGCCGCCUGCAACAUCGGCAGCUGAGGCAGCAACCUCAAGGGCAACUGGACUUCCAGAGGCUGCAGCUUUAGAUAGAACUGUCGCAGCGCUCGUAUCUCGCAUCCUACAGAAUUUGUCACUACUCUCUGACUCGCUGUGCAGCAGCAAAAGCGGCAAGCUGCGCAUCGCAACAGAACAGCGGGAUUCCUUCCGGCAGCUACAGAUACAACUAAUAUCUGCGUACAUGGAAAUGCCAGUUGCGGCCCUUGAUGGUCAUCAGACUAGAGCAACUAACACUGCUUCAACAGGAGAGGUACAUGCGGCAAAUGCGACAAAUAAUGCACAUGAAGAAGGAUCACACACGCUGGAGCUGCUGCAGCAGCUCCAGCAGCUUGUCAGCAACGGCGCAACAGUCUGCUGUUCUAAAUCUGGCGACGGUAACUUUGUAUUGAACUCUACCGGAACGAACCCGGAGGUACAGCGGUUUGCUGCACUGUUGCUUUGCGCCCUUCGCGAGAUCGGCCAACAACAGUCGCAGAGGCAGCAGCUGCUGCCGCAGCGUCCACAGCAUUGUGCUGUUGCGAACGCUGUGGUUCUGCAGCGCCAUAGUCUCUUCUCCGUAGAUUCGGAAUUGUGCGAUGAGAUUAUUGGGCAGUAUGUCUUUGACGCUUUGGACAGCCGUGGUCCGCUCGAUUACUGCAUUGCGCGCUUUACACAGCAGCUCUCUCCCCAUCGACGAGCCGUGCUGGUGGGUGAGGUCUUGUGGCGACGCAGCGCUUCCUGGGGUGGCGCCUCUGAUGACCGCCUGGACGCAUUUGUUGCAUGGAUGUGCAACAGUUUUCCGGCUGACGUGCUGGCGAUCGCUGGCCGCGUGUCGGAGCUGUUGUGGGAGUGCGCAGCAGAGCUGCUUCCGGCUCUAAACACGGCGGCUCCUUUCACUGAAGCAGAGAGGCUCCAGCAGCACGUUGAAGAGAAGCGGGUUUUGCGUGGCGUUCAGUUCCUGCUACAGAUGCUAUUGUCUAUUUUUGGCUUUUUUUAUCUCGAAUACCCGAUGAGGACCAGAGCUGCCUUGCCGCUGCUUCGCUUGGCACGUACACCGCAGCGUUCGCUUGCUGCAGCAGCUGCAGCUGCUCAAGCUGGUCCUGCUGUAGGAUCAGCAGCAGUGGCCUUCCCUGUAACCUCUAACAACGCGAACAACGCCGACGACUGGCUGAGAAUGGAUCAGCAGCAUGCAGUUUGCCUCUUAGGCUGCUAUUGCCUUUCACUUUGCUGCUAUGCAGGCUUCAUUGGCAUGGCUGUGGAAGCUGCUGCAGCGCGUCGUUCUUCAGUACACAGUGCCGCUGCUGCUGCCCUUCCAGCUACAGCUGCGUCGUCUGCUGUUACUGCGUCUGCUUUGGAUGAUUUUUUUGAGGGUGCAGAAGGUGCUGAGACAAAGAGCAGACGCCACUGCACAGUCGCUGAGUGGCUGCAGCAUGCGCUGCUACCAGGCCUUGUAGUGCCUGUAAUUGUUGAGUCUUUGGCUCUCUGUAAACGCAGCAGCAGCAGCUGUAGCAGCAGCACGUCUGAUAGUCCAUUCUUGGGAGAGAAUCUCGCAGGCGUGGGUAUUCCGCUCCAAAAUGCCGACGGGCCGUGUGACAGCAGCAGUAGCAUCGAGGACAGGAACAAGGAGGAUCCUUUUGCAUGUAGCCCCGAGCUGCUGCUGGCUGCACCUCUGGCGACAUCCCUUUCGGAGUGCCUGCGUUGCCUUCGUCAGGAACAAAUGCAGCUGAGGACAAGUGAGUACCGACUGCCUCUACUACCACUGCAGCAGUUUACUGCGCUCGAGGCCUUUGCAGUGCUUCUGAAGGGAGCUGCUGCUGCUGCUGCUUCCAGUGGCAGCAGUUGCAGAAGGCCUGAUGACCAGUCAUUCGCUACUGCUGUUCCGCGAAAGCAGCAAACUCAGCGAGUUGCUGAUGCACUGCUCUCGAUAGUUUCGGAAAAUCGCAAUUUUUACUUUCCACUUCUGCAAGAUCAGCAGCAACAACAUGUGAACCGCACUGCUGCUGCUGCUGAGCUGGGACAGCAGCUCCAGGUACUGCAAAUGUCGCAAAGGCUAGGGGCCCUUGAACAGCAGUAUAAUGCUGAAUCGGGGGCGCCCAUGAGCAUGCAGUGCCAACAGGAACACCAGGAGCGGAAGAUGCUUCGGGCACUUCAGCUGGAGGAGCAACAGCUGCAGCAACAGCAGCACGAGCUGCAGCAGCGGUUCUACAUGCCGGUGUGGUGUGAAGGCAUUGGUUUAUCAGAUGUGGGCAUAGAAUACGAAAACUCAGUAGCGGCAACGGCAGCAAUUUUACCAAGCGUACGGUCUCGUUUACUUGCAGACCUUGUACUGUGCGCUGCGGCUGACGGCCACAGCGACCAGCACUUCCUUAGCAGCAGCCGCAGGGCGCUGAGGCACGAGCCAACGAUAAUUAUGAGAAUUAUGGUGAAGCCUCUUUGUUGCUCAAGAGAUCAUCGGGAAGAAGAGGCAGACGAGCAAAGCUGA